AUAUUUAAUAUAUAAGGUACCAGUGAUUUGUGGAAAUUGUAAAACCAGAUGAGAUGAACAUUUAACUUGAAGGCUGAAUAGACAGGAAGUACCUGCUGAAUACAGUUGAAUUACCAGUGGUGAAAACCUGCUAUAAAAACCCUACUCUGCAAUUAUUCUACUAUGAUAAAUGGACUGCACUUGUACUCAAAUUGCUUUUACACUUGAGAUCAUCAUUCACCCGUUCACACACACAUUCAUACACUGGUGGCCAAGGCUGCCCUCCAAUAAGCCACCUGCUAAUCAGUAAAUAACCAUUUACACACACUCACACACCAAGCACAGCAUCGGAAACAACUUGGGCUUCAGUGUCUUGCCCAAGAAUACUUUGACAUAUAGACUGCCAGGAGCACUGACCUCCUGAUCAGAGGGCGAGAUUUAUUUUAAGUCAUGAUGCAAAGUCCAUCAGUGGAAGCGGAUACGAUUCUGCCAGUGAUGAGGUAACAAUGACCUGGCUGAGUAUAAAUAACAGUACUUUUUGCUCACUCAACCAUCAGACAGACAGAACUCAAAGACCUGACAAGAGUCACCAGAAGAUCAGAAAACAUCUAGUUUCUAUCUGCUGAACAACUAAACCACCUGUCCUCUCCUAAGAUGAAGACAUUCAGUGUUGCAGUUGCAGUGGCUGUCGUGCUCGCCUUCAUUUGUAUCCAGGAGAGCUCUGCUGACCCAAUCACUGGGGUACAAGAGCCUGAGGAGCCGAUAAGCAACAGCAAUCCAGCUGCUGAACAUCAAGAGUUGCCAGGGAGAUUGGAGAAGAUGCUGUCUAACAUCAGAGAGAUGCUUCAAAUCAAGUGCUGCCAUACCUGUCAGGGCAUGAAUUCAGGCUGUGACGGCUGCCAACACUGCCGUCAAUGCCCUCAUGCCUUCUGUCCGCCAUUGUAGAGCUAUUUUAGCUGAAUUAUCUGAGGAUAUUUCUGUUCUUAGGGAUGUGAGCAUGAUCCCCACACUCUAUGGAAUAUCUGCAGAUACUACUGUGUACUACCACAAUAAAGUUUAUUGUGAUUUAUAUGUGAACAUGUUCUUUUAACAAUGAACAUAAACAAACAAUUCAUGAAAGCAGUAAGAACAUAUUUAGUCUUGUAGUAUUGAUAGUGAGUGCUAAUUUUCUUUCAACUGUCACAAACAAAAAAGGUUU